AUGGACGUGGAGGGAUUGUCAUCUUGUCCUUCACAAGAAAAUAAUGCAAUUCUAAAAGAAAUACUCAGCGUGAUCAAGGAAAUCAAUGGAAUAGAUAUUAAUGGAUCAAUGGAAAAAUUCAAUACGGUGAUAUGUGCUAUUAAAGAACUUCAAGACCAUUGUGAAAUAGUUAACAUUCUUAAGGAACUUAUUCUUUCAUAUCAAAAAGCAUCAUUACCAAACUAUACACUGACUGAUGUCAUUGAUGGUAUUUUAGAUAUUAUUAAGGUGUCAGCAGGAAAUAAGAGUUUAUAUGGGACAAGUUGGAAAUUAUUAUUAAAAAUCAUCUGUGAAAAGGAAAAAGAAAAAAAUAAAGAAAGUUAUUGUAUAUUAGACACUAAAAUUAAAGUCAUUACUAGUUAUCUUCUUAAUGAACUUAAUGAAAUAGGAAGAAAUGGUAAUGUUAAUCAACCUGCAUUUAUGUUUCUUUCAAAAGUACUUCAUUCAUUAACUAAAUUACAUUCAUUCAAAAUACCAAUCAAAGAAGUAAAUAAAGAGUUAAGUGAAUUAAUGUUAAUUCUUAUUAAUGAUGAAAAAGAAAAUACAGACGAAUAUAUGAUUACUGUUAAAACUAUUCAAUCAUUUCAAUUUAUAAUUGAUGACUUAAAUGAAUUAUCAUUUCCUCUUCAAUUUAUUCUUCUUGAAAUUAUAUCAAUAAACCAAUAUCAAUAUUUAGAAUUAACAUUACAAUUAUUAAGUCAAACAUCUAAAAUAACAUACUCUUUUUAUUCUUCUUUAUUACAAAAAAUAUACAAAUUAUUACCAUCUUUAAUGCCAAAUAUGUCACAAUUACUUCAUCUCUUAAAUUGUUAUUUAAAUGGAAAUACUUUAACAAAUGUAUUUUGUACUCGAAUACUCUAUCUUAUUGUUUGUAUUACUCCUGUACAAUAUCGUUUUCGUAUUGUUUCUAAACUUACAAAUAAUAUCACUUUCUUACUAACUUUACUUUUAAAUGACCAAUCUAAUGAUUCAAUACUUUCUUCUAUCUACAUUCAGCAUUUAAGUAAUCUUCCAGGAAAUGCAAAUUUAGUUCGUUUUCUAAGAACCUCUCGACAAACACAAUUACUUGUUUCUAAUAUUACUCAAUGGAAAGAGGAAGAAUUAUUAAAUACACUCACUCCUAACACUCUUGAAAUCAUUACUAAAGAAACUCUUCUAAACAUUCACAAGUCAUUAUGUUCAAAUCCAUCUUUUCUCUCUUCAGUCAUCCAAAGUAUUAUUUUCGAAUAUCUUCCAGAGAGAAACCAAACAAUUCUUGUCUCAACAGUUGAGAAAUCAAUUGAAGGAAUGCCAUUAAUUAAUUAUCUUGGAAAAGAUGAUGUUAUUCAAAUUAUUCAAAAAUGUUCUUCUGAAGGAAUAGAAGGAAUGAUUCGAAUUAUUUUAUUUUUUCAAUACGCACAAUUCCAAGAAGCUAGUAUUGUCAAAGAAGUAGGUACACCAUUUAGUACACCAUUUGUUCAAUUCAUUAAAUCAAAACCUUUAAUAGUGUGUUCUAUACAUCCUCAAAUUGUCAUUACAUUAAUUAGUAAUGAAAGUAUUCUUAAAGACUUAGAACAAGCCAUUAAAAAUGCCCGUAAUAAAGUAUUAAGAAAUGGGAAUGGAACAGAGUUAUGGAAUAUGUUUAUUAGUAAAAUAACCAAAAUGACAUUAUAA